CCAAAACAGCAAGAAUUUUCAAAUACUUUCUCCCCAUGCAGAGGAAGUCUUGGUUAUGGACACAAGUGCAAGUCCAUUGGAAAAGGCAGCAACAGCAAUGCAGUAGUCACCAGCAAUCCCAUGACAGUUCAGCAGCUGGGACCUCCUUCACCUUCAGAAAAUCAGCUUUCAACAGCAUGCAGCCAGAUCAGCCCUAGCUCACAAAGGUCUAUGGAUGCUUCCAGCCCGAGUGCUUCCCCAUCCACUCAAAGGUCACUCUUGUCAUGUGAGUCUCUGGCCUCUACGACGUUAAGCUUGUCAGAAAGUCACCCCCCUUUGAGUGUUGAACAAGAGUGGUCACAUAGGUACAGGACACUUUCUUCUGUUCCACCUGACCACGGUUUACAAAAUGGUAGUGAGCUGGGGGACUUAAUAAAUUUUUUACCUGAAACAUCUAUGUCUAGUAACUCAUUACCAUCCUACUUAUAUGGCAUGGAAAGUAAGAAUUCCCUUUACUCUAGUCCUUGCCAGUCCUCAGUCUGGUCUCAAUCAGCCCGCUCCAAAAAGAGAACACUGUCUCUAUCUCCUCUGUCUGACGGCAUUGGGAUCGAGUUCAAUACAAUCAUUCGUACAUCCCCAACUUCUCUGGUGGCCUACAUCAACAGCUCCAGGACAUCACCAGCAAACAUCUCCCCACAGCCUGAGGUCUAUGGGCAUUUUUUGGGAGUGAGAGGAAGCUGUAUACCCCAAAACUGUUCUGUUCCAACUGCCCAGAAAGGCUUCCACAUGGCAAAUGGCGAUAUCCCUUUUCCAGGGUACAUUGAGAAUGGGACGGGUGAGUACCAUCGGACACAGCAGCUGGAGCAAGCCAGCUUGCAGAUGGUUGCCACAAAUAACAUGGUGAUCCAGCAGGGUGUGCUGCCUGUGGACAGCCAGGCGAUAGAUAUCCUGAAAAAUGAACAUCUGGAUGACUUCUCAGGCCCUCUUGUUGACAUGCCUCUGUCACCCCUGGUGCUGCCACCAGCUCCUCCACAGGGGCCGCCCCCGCCGUACCACGCUCACCAGCACAGCCUCCCCAGCCGCCUCCACCCUCUGCAGCUGCCACCUCCUGCCCUGGGGACCCUGCUGGAGGAAGAUGGUGGGCCGGACGAUUUCAGUGGGAAGCACAGCUGUUGCUGGGUUGACUGCGGGAAGCUGUAUGACCAUCGAGAGGAGCUUGUGCGGCACAUUGAGAAGAUCCACAUAGACCAGAGGAAGGGAGAGGACUUCACCUGCUUCUGGGCUGGGUGCCCUCGGAGGUUCAAACCAUUUAAUGCCCGCUACAAACUGCUGAUUCACAUGAGAGUCCACUCAGGAGAGAAGCCGAACAAAUGCACGUUUGAGGGUUGCAAGAAAGCCUUUUCCAGACUAGAAAACCUCAAGAUUCACUUAAGGAGCCACACGGGUGAGAAGCCGUACCUUUGCCAGCACCCUGGCUGCCAGAAAGCGUUCAGCAACUCCAGCGACCGCGCCAAGCACCAGAGGACACACUUGGACACCAAACCUUAUGCAUGUGAGAUUCCAGGAUGUACUAAGCGAUACACAGAUCCAAGUUCCCUGAGAAAACAUGUGAAAGCUCAUUCUUCCAAAGAUCAACAAGUCAGGAAAAAGUUGCGAUCAAGCUCAGAGAUUGGCCAGGACAUCCUGAAUGACUGCCUUGCAAUUCAGCCUCUCCAGCCAGCCCUGUCACCACAUGAUGCUGUGGAUAAUACAAUGGGACACUCCCCAGGGCCUGCUUGUGAUAUUUACCCAGCAGCUGUGAUCCCCAGCACACAGAUUAAUCAAAGUGGAACAGCAGCUGGAGCAGUGUCCUUGUCCCACUCCAGCAGCCACUCUUCCCCAGGUCAUAACAUACAGGGCAGUCCUCUGCAUCCUCCCCAGAUACCUCUUCUUGCAGCUGCAGACUCAGAGAGGUUUGUUGCUCCAGCUCUUUCUCCUCAGCACAUCAGUCCCCAGGGAAUGUCAAUUCAACAGCCCAUGAUGCAGAGACAGACUCCACAACCUCCUCAGCUUCUACAACUUGCAGGGAUGCCUCUGAAGACAUACCAACCUGCAGAAAGCCCUUCUUUUCCGCCAAAUGCCCUUCACAUUCAGGGUUUUCAUGGGCAGCUUCAGACUUUCUGCCCUCCACAUUAUUCUGACACUCAGAAAAACAUACAAGACAGUGUUUCUUGCAAUAUGGCUCCUCCUGUUGACUGCUCAGCUCUCACAUCAGCGGGCCAGGCAGGGCCUGGCAUUUUCCAUCCAAGUUUUUCAGAUCAUUCUGGUAUCAAAGUAUAUGACUUUCCAGCAGGGUCUGUAGGUAUCUUUGGUGAUUCAGCUUGCAGCAUGCCAGAUGACAGCAGUUUCCUACAAGUAAAUGCAGUGGAUCAUUGUUCCAGCCAGCUUUCUUCUGUAUACACUGAAGGCUAA